UUAUAAAGCCACCUGGGUAGAAUAACUAAUCCACUGCAAGAAUUGUUAGAUAUUCUAUGGCCCUAUUAGCCUGCUGCAGCAAAAACAAGAGAGUCUUGUGACACCCAUAAAGACCAGCAUGCUUUGUUUGACAUAAGCUUCCAUGGACUGAAUCUCAUUUGCCUCUGAUGAAGUGGGCUACUGUCCACAAAAGCUUAUGCCAAACAAAACUUGUUCAUCUUUAAUGUACCACAAGACUCUUUAUCACUUUUCUUGUUAACAGUAUUUCAAUUGCAUAGCACAAUUAAAAACACGUGUGUCUAGGGCAGAAAUUCAUUUCUAUCUUUCCUCAACAUACUUUCUUUCCUCAUAGGGCAAUGACAGACAUCAGAUUCCUUCACAUAAUAUGGGUGCUACUUGCCAAUAAAUUAGCACAGGCUCCAAAAUAAAUUCCUAAGGCAGUUUUAUAUAAAGAGGUAGGAUUACUUUCUACAUUGUGCAUGCAUGUAGGAGAUCUGUGCCAGGUGGGAUAAGUGAGAAACCUGGAAGAUACCUGGGCUGGAAAUAAAACUUUCCCUGAGUGAAGAGAAUGGGUAUUUGAUUAAUGUGGACAGUGCUACACAACAAUGGCCAAUAUUACUAUCAUCACAUUCCACAUCAGGGCUAAGGCUAAUAGACCAUGAUUCUCAUUUCAGGUUGUUCAGACACUGAGUUGAAAGUUGAAGUAAAACACUACUGUACAGGAUGUACAUAUCCUUAAUUAUUACACUGCACCAAUGAAAGGUGCAAUCUUUUAAUUGCAAUGCUACAAAAGAAUAUUGUUGAACAGGUCUAUAUCGUUACCUGUGUUAGUCUCAUGCCUCCUUCCCUGCUUCUAUAGCUUUUAGUUUUUUUGUUUGAUCUUCAGUGUUGUGACUUAUUGAUCAAAUGGAAUUUGUCAUGAAUCAUUUAUCCUACUUCUUAUUUUAUAUUAAUCUGUUAGGUUUGCAAGAAGAUUAUGCAAAUACUUCUACCUCUGACUCUCAUAGUAUGUUUUGCUUUUAAGAGUUUAUAAUGAGACCAGCUUUUGUGAGGAUAAAAUUCUGUCCAUGUCAGCAUAGCUACCGUUAAAGAAGUUAUCAUUUCUCUGCUCUCCUAUAUUGUAGACCUGUGGUUCCCAACCUCAGAUAACCCAGGAGUUCUUGGACUGCAGUGCCCAGAAACCUUCACCACCAGCUGUUCUGGCCGGUGUUUCUGAAAGUUGCUGCUCAAGAACACCUGGGUUACCCAAGGUCGGGAACCACUGUUGUAGACAAAUUUCGCAUGCCCUCUCUUAUGACACUUGUCUGAUCAUUAUUCCACAAUCUAUAGCUGAUAGAUAUCUCUCUUUUUAAUAACAGUUCACAGAAAAUAUGGCCAGUGUCACUUUACAGAAUUUCACCCAGGCUCUGGAAGAGGCUUUCAAGAACACAUUCAUCAACUAUAUGAACAGUUGGCGCACUAACACAACAAUAGAAGACGAAAAGUUGCAAGAUAGUCUUGAUGCUGAAAAUCUGAAUUAUGUUAUCUUGUAUCUCAUGGUAAUGAUUGGCAUCUUCUCUUUCAUCAUUGUGGCAAUCUUAGUGAGCACCGUGAAAUCCAAGAGACGAGAGCACUCCAAAGAUCCUUAUCACCAGUACAUAGUCGAUGACUGGGGUGAAAAGAUCAAAAGUCAGGUUCUGCUCCAAGAUGAUCUUAAAGCCACCAUCCACGAAAACGCAGGAGCAAAGAGCAAAGGAAGUCCCUCAUUAUCUUCAUCCGUGGGAGAAACGGCUACAGCCUGAAUUAAGAAGAACUGAGGUGGGGAAUGUUGUUCUUGGUUAUCAUGCCUUUCAAAAUUAAAUAUUUAAAUAUGCACAAAAUUUGGAGCAAACUUUCAACAUUUUCAGAUUUUUCUUCAGUUAGGCAAGAAAUCAGGUGGCGGGGUAGGAAAAACACUUACAAUGUUGAAGUUAUGAAGUCUCCACAGCCAAAGAUUUAAGGUGGAAAUGGAGGAAAAGGCACAGACUGAAAUGGAUAAGACUUAAUGAGAUACCACCAUAAAUACUUCCAAGUCACUAUUUUGAAGUCUACGUGAGUACAUUAGGUAGGUUUCUGUGCAAUUCUGGUGCUGCAGCCCUUCUGAGAAUCCUAAUAAGGCUGGGUGACUGAACCCGAAGUGGACAAUACAGUUAGCAGCAUAUGAUUAGAAAUGAAGUUUCCUGAAGAGAUACAAGAUGUCUUAAUGUUCUAGCCUAAGCAUGUCUCAUAUAGCAUUUGAAAAUCAGGUUGCUUUUGAUUUCUGAUUGCUCCUUGGGGAAGUAAACAUGGCCUUCAUUUGCAAAUCUUAUUGAUUAGGUAUGGGACUUUGUAAGAUCUGCAUGCCUAGAGGGGAACAAAAGUGAUAUUAUCAGGAAAUACACAUUUCUCUUCAUGGGCCGUUUGGCCAUGAUUGAAGAUCUUCAGAGAUAACUUUAAAAAUUCUUUCACUGCUUUCCUAGAGAAAAUGAGGGAUAGCAUUUACCUGCCACAAAAACUUUUCAGUCGGGUUCCUCUUCAUCCUGAUGAGCAAGUGAGGAAGAAGAAGCCAGUCUUCUUUCCCAAGCUA